AUGGCGAAUCAUAGGAGUUCGCGCAGUGGAAUCGGUAUUUCGUUUCGAUUGUUGGGGUCGGUCAUAGCAGUAGCAGUCUUUCUGUUUUUUACUGUUUCUUUUCUCUUCACUUCUCACUCUCACUCUUCCACCACCGACACCCGUAACUUUGGUUUCAGUGAUGUUGCAUACGGUUUGGGAUCCGGGAGGAGAUCCGUGCUGGCACUCAAAUCAGAUCCACUUAAACCCCGAUUGGAUCAGAUCCGCAAACAAGCAGAUGAUCAUCGCUCUCUUGCCCAUGCUUAUGCAUCCUAUGCGCGCAAACUCAAGCUGGAGAAUUCCAAGCUUGUUAGGGUUUUUGCUGAUCUCUCACGAAAUUACACCGAUCUUAUUAACAAGCCUUCUUAUCGGGCUCUUUUCGAGUCUGAUUCUCUGUCUAUUGAUGAAUUCACGCUUCGCCAAUUUGAGAAGGAAGUCAAAGAGCGAAUCAAGGUUACGCGCCAAGUGAUUGCUGAAGCGAAAGAAAGUUUUGAUAAUCAGUUGAAGAUUCAGAAGUUGAAGGAUACCAUUUUUGCUGUUAAUGAGCAAUUAACUAAAGCAAAAAAGCAAGGGGCGUUUUCAAGCUUGAUUGCUGCGAAAUCAAUACCUAAGAGUUUGCAUUGCCUUGCGAUGAGGUUGAUGGAGGAGAGGAUUGCUCAUCCAGACAAGUAUAAUGAUGAAGGGAAGCCACCCCUUCCUGAGUUGGAGGAUCCAAAGCUUUACCAUUAUGCAAUUUUCUCUGAUAAUGUGAUUGCAGCGUCCGUGGUGGUGAAUUCAGCAGUGAAGAAUGCAAAAGAGCCGUGGAAACAUGUUUUUCAUGUUGUGACUGAUAAAAUGAAUCUCGGUGCAAUGCAGGUUAUGUUUAAAUUAAAAGAUUAUAAUGGGGCACAUAUAGAGGUGAAAGCUGUUGAGGAUUAUAAAUUCUUGAAUUCGUCAUAUGUACCUGUACUUAAGCAAUUGGAGUCAGCGAAUCUGCAGAAGUUUUACUUUGAGAAUAAGCUUGAGAAUGCGACCAAGGAUACUACGAACAUGAAGUUUAGGAACCCUAAGUACUUGUCGAUUUUGAAUCACUUAAGGUUUUAUUUGCCGGAGAUGUAUCCAAAGUUGCAUAGGAUAUUGUUCUUAGACGAUGAUAUAGUGGUGCAGAAGGAUUUGACAGGGUUGUGGAAGAUAGAUAUGGAUGGGAAGGUGAAUGGAGCUGUGGAGACCUGUUUUGGGUCAUUUCAUAGGUAUGCUCAGUAUAUGAAUUUCUCUCACCCUUUGAUCAAGGAGAAGUUUAAUCCAAAGGCUUGUGCUUGGGCAUACGGCAUGAACUUCUUUGAUUUGGAUGCUUGGCGGAGAGAGAAGUGCACAGAAGAGUAUCAUUAUUGGCAGAACCUGAAUGAGAACCGAACCUUGUGGAAACUGGGCACCCUGCCCCCAGGUUUAAUCACAUUUUACUCAACAACGAAGCCACUAGACAAGUCAUGGCAUGUCCUGGGACUUGGGUAUAAUCCUAGCAUUAGUAUGGAUGAGAUUCGCUCUGCUUCAGUGGUGCAUUUCAAUGGGAAUAUGAAGCCGUGGCUUGAUAUUGCAAUGACCCAGUUUAAACCACUAUGGACAAAGUAUGUUGACUAUGAGUUGGAGUUUGUCCAGGCCUGCAAUUUUGGUCUCUGA